AAGCCUUUGGAGCGGCUACUUAAUGCCGGUCCCGGGGCCGCGGGCGCUCAGAGAAGCGCCGUCGGGCGGGGGGGCGACGAGGGGCGCUAGCGGGGGCCCUCGAGCUGGGGGCAGAGAGCUGCGGGGGGUGGGAGGAACUUCUUCCAGAACCUUCCUCGGGCUCGGGCUGCUCUCUGAGCCAGGCACCACAUACGCAUUUGGAGGAGGCGACCUCGGGGUCGCGAGAUGGAAACGCACGUCCAGGAGGCUGCGUAACUGGAGCUGCGGGAGUCGGCGGCCCGGAGAGCACGGCAGGCCACCCCCGGCGCAGCCCGUGGAUGGUGCCCGCCCCCUCGGAGAGUCCCCGCAGACAUGGCGGAGAGCUGGCUGCGCCUCUCGGGAGCAGGGCCGGCGGAGGAGGCCGGGCCGGAGGGCGGCCUGGAGGAGCCCGACGCCCUGGAUGACAGCCUGACCAGCCUGCAGUGGCUGCAGGAAUUCUCCAUUCUCAACGCCAAGGCCCCCGCCCUGCCUCCGGGGGGCACCGACCCGCACGGCUACCACCAGGUGCCAGGCUCCGUGGCGCCCGGGUCCCCCCUGGCGGCCGACCCCGCCUGCCUGGGGCAGCCGCACACGCCAGGCAAGCCCACGUCGUCGUGCACGUCGCGGAGCGCGCCCCCGGGGCUGCGGGCCCCGCCCCCCGACGACGUGGACUACGCCACCAACCCGCACGUGAAGCCUCCCUACUCGUAUGCCACGCUCAUCUGCAUGGCCAUGCAGGCCAGCAAGGCCACCAAGAUCACCCUGUCGGCCAUCUACAAGUGGAUCACGGACAACUUCUGCUACUUCCGCCAUGCGGAUCCCACCUGGCAGAAUUCCAUCCGCCACAACCUGUCCCUGAACAAGUGCUUCAUCAAAGUGCCUCGGGAGAAGGACGAGCCGGGCAAGGGGGGCUUCUGGCGCAUUGACCCCCAGUACGCUGAGCGGCUGCUGAGCGGGGCCUUCAAGAAGCGGGGGCUGCCCCCGGUCCACAUCCACCCGGCCUUCGCCCGCCAGGCCGCCCAGGAGCCGAGCGUUGCCCCUUGGGCCCGGCCGCUGACGGUGAACACCGAGGCCCAGCAGCUGCUGCGGGAGUUUGAGGAGGCCACUGGGGAGGCGGGCUGGGCCGCGGGCGAGGGCAGGCUGGGGCAUAAGCGCAAACAGCCGCUGCCCAAGCGGGUGGCCAAGGUCCCUCGGCCCCCCAGCACCCUGCUGCUGACCCAGGAGGAGCAGGGCGAGCUGGAACCCCUCAAAGGCAACUUUGACUGGGAGGCCAUCUUCGACGCCGGCACACUGGGCGGGGAGCUGGGUGCCCUGGAGGGCCUGGAGCUGAGCCCACCGCUGAGCCCCGCCUCGCAUGGGGAUGUGGACCUCACUGUCCACGGCCGCCACAUCGACUGCCCCACAACCUGGGGGCCUCCAGUGGAGCAGGCUGCUGACAGCCUGGACUUUGACGAGACCUUCCUGGCCACGUCCUUCCUGCAGCACCCCUGGGACGAGAGUGGCAGUGGCUGCCUGCCUCCGGAGCCCCUCUUUGAGGCUGGGGACGCCACUCUGGCCGCUGACCUGCAGGACUGGGCUAGCGUGGGCGCCUUCUUGUAAGAGGCCAGGCCCCACCCCACCUCCGGACAAUGCCCAAGUCAGGGCCCAAAACUGCCCCCCCAGUACAGGCCUACGGACACCCCAUCGCCCAGGCAGGGGCUGGGCCAGGUCUCCCAAGGCUGGCCCCAUGAGGCCACACCGCCACCAGCCCCGGCUGCCCUCAGAUUCAAGCCCAGGAGGCUGAGAACUGGGGGCCCAGGACCAGAAUUGCUGCCUCCCCUGCCAGCUCCCUUGCACACACAGUGUUUCAUUGAUCCGCCUCUCCCCUGCCCCAGGAACUGGGGCCCUGCACCCUGAGAGCUGAGGCCUGGAAGGGCCUGGCCAGGCUGGGGAGGAACAGAGAGGCCCUUCCCCAGAGCACCUCAGCUUCCCUCCUGCUUCCCCAGGUCUCUAUCCAGAGAAAGUUCCCCGGUACAACAAAUGCUAAUUAGGUGACAGCAAAUUAACCCCUGGAGGCCUUUCCUGGCAGAGCCUCCCCGGGGCCUGGCAGGCAGAGGCUGGCUGGGAGAGGGGGUGCAGAGCAAGGAGACAGAAAUGGGGGGGAUGCAGCAUGGGGCAUGGAAAUCUUCCCCAAGGCCUCUGGAGUCUUGGCCUGGACCCAUCCCUAGGGCAGAUGUAAAUCCCUAAUCUUUGAGCCCAACUUGAGACUGAGAGCAGCAGGAAGUUGGGGUUCUGGGGCGCUGGGGGCAGCCGAGCUGCGGGGAGGCGGGGAACAGACAGACUAAUGUAGUGAGAGUAGCUGUAGCUAAGGCUUAACUGGGAGGGGCGCCGAGCUUGCUGGAACCAUUGGGACCAGGAAGGGGGGAGCCCCGCGCCCCUGCCUGCUCUUGUGGGGGGGGUGUGCCUCGCUCCAUCCUGACCUCCUGGGCGGCGUCCCACAUCCACCCUCCUGCCCCGUGGGGCAAUUUAACCUUUUUCAUGGAACGUUAUUUACAAUAAAAAAUUUUUAAAAAUAAAAUUUUUAAAAAUCU